GUCGGCGCAAGGAACGUACAACAAAAAUGCCGCAAAAUGAGUAUAUGGAUCGCCAUCGAAAGUUGUUCGGUCGGCGGCUCGACUAUGAAGAACGCAAGCGCAAGAAGGAAGCGCGACUUCCGAAGGAGCGUGCCCGUAAAGCGCAGAAAUUGCGUGGCAUUAAAGCGAAAUUGUUUAACAAGGAGCGCCGUAAUGAGAAGAUACAAAUAAAGAAAAAGAUCCAAGCGCACGAAGAGAAGAAGGUCAAAAAACAAGAAGAAAAGGUUGAGGAUGGAGCCCUACCGCAUUAUCUGCUUGACAGAGGCAUCCAGUCAACGGCAAAGGUUCUAUCGAAUAUGAUAAAGCAAAAACGUAAAGAGAAGGCUGGCAAAUGGGAUGUGCCUAUACCAAAAGUGCGUGCUCAAUCCGAUGCCGAAGUGUUUAAGGUUCUGAAGACCGGAAAGACCAAACGGAAGGCCUGGAAGCGCAUGGUAACAAAAGUCACUUUUGUUGGCGAGAACUUCACGCGAAAACCGCCGAAAUUUGAGCGAUUCAUUCGGCCGAUGGCAUUGCGCAUGAAGAAGGCGCAUGUUACACAUCCAGAAUUAAAAGCAACUUUCCAUUUACCCAUAAUUGGUGUUAAAAAGAAUCCCAGCUCCCCAAUGUUCACCUCUUUGGGUGUGAUCACCAAGGGCACGGUUAUAGAAGUAAAUAUCUCCGAAUUGGGUUUGGUAACGCAAACUGGCAAAGUUGUUUGGGGUAAAUAUGCGCAAGUUACAAACAAUCCCGAAAACGAUGGAGUUGUGAAUGCCGUAUUACUUGUAUGAUUAUAUGUAAGAUUACUAUUAUUUGUAUCUUGGUUCAUUUAAUAAAAAUAUA